CGGCGGACGCGUGCGAUCGCGAGUGAGUGACCGACAUACGGUGAGUGACUGAUUGAGUGAGAAUCGUGAGUGACUCGCGUGUUGAUGGUGAUCAUGAGGCGGAUUGGCAUCCUGUUUAGACUUUUGUUCCUGUUAGAUGGAGGAGUAUGGUCACUCCGCAACCUCUCCAUCUCAGUGCCGCGCGCGGUCCUCUCCGGUGAAGGUCAAGCGGCCGUCCUACGAUGCUCAUACGACUUGGAAGGCGCCGCGUUGUAUAGCAUUCGCUGGUACCGAGCGGAGACAGAGUUCUACCGAUAUGUGCCGCGUGAGCUGCCGCCUACUAUGGUGUUCCCUUUACCCGGAGCAUCUGUAGAUCUAACGCAGUCAGACGAGCAUCAAGUCCGCAUCGUCAACCUGAACAGGCGACUAAGCGGGGACUACCAGUGUGAAGUCUCUGCUGACGCUCCCCUGUUUCAUACAGACAUCCGUUCAGCACCACUAACUGUCGUGGACCCGCCGUUUCGGGCGCCACGGAUCACGGUGUCCCGUGGCAACUACGCGCGUGGUGACGUCAUAAAAGCAAGUUGCACGGUCGAUGAGGCGUACCCUGCGCCAAACAUCACUUGGAUACUCGACGAACAUAAGAUAGCUGAAACGGUCGCAGACCCUGUAUCGGAGCUGGACUUCACUGAACGCGGAGCGUCGAGCCAGCUGGAGAUCACAGUUCUGGAGACGGAGCAGUACCGAGUGGGGCUGACUUAUACCAGCAACAGCCUGGCUAGGGCUUACCACCAUGAGGAGCCGAGCAAGAACCAUAGUGUAGUCAGGUACACUUUGGUGCCGCCGCCUAGCGGCCAGUUCGAGCUGGGCUGCGUGUCCACUAUUCUGGACAUCUACGCGCGUCAAUCUGAGAGAGUGACGGUACGCGAGGACGCCCCUCGCCCCGCUUCCGUCACUGGCGAGGACUCCGCAGGUGCCGCCCCCACCCUCAGCGUCACCCUCGCCCUGUGCGCAUGCGCAUACCACGUGUUAUGAUCGCGCACGCCACCCCGACACUGAAUGUUGUGAUAGACACAUAAUACUUAAGGUAAUAUAUACGUCAAUGUUGCAGAUUAUAUGUGAAUAUGUAAAUAAAUUCAUUAGUUACUA